UCUCUGUUGCUGGGUGUUUCGCUGUUCCAUAUGCCUCUGCCUCUUGCUUUUUCCGUGUCCCUCUGUGUGUAUCCCCGGCUCUUCUGUGGAUGUCUCUGUCUUUCUGUGUGUGUGUCAGUCACUUUUUGUGUCUUUCUCCCUUUGUCUUCGGGUGCACAUCUCCCUUUCUGUCUCUGUCCUAUCUCUGUCUCGCCCAGUGAGUCUCUGCCUAUCUGUGCGCCUCCCUCCAUCUCUGCGCGGUUGUGUGUUUCUGCCUCCGUGUCUCUUCGCCUGUCUCUGGGUGCGUGUGUGUAUGUGUGAGUGUAUGAGUGUGUGAGUGAGUGUAUGUGUGUGUGUGUGUGUGUCCGUGUAUGCUUUUCUGUGCCGGUGUAUGCGCCUUGCCUCUGUUAUGUGACUGUCUCAUUAGUCACACCCUUGCCUCGAAAUUGCCCCCACCCUCCCCCCAUGGCGAACUGAACCUCCAGUUUCCUUUAGAAUACAAUAACGUCCCUCCACCUGGCCAGCGGGGAGCUUGGGCUAGGGGCAGCGGACAGUUCUCCCCGUCCCGGGCGGCCCAAGCCUUUCAACUUUUUGUCUGGGAGCCAAUCAGCGCGGUCACCUGUUACUUGCUCUGGCCGGGCCCUCCUGGGCGCUCCCACUGAGUCAUUCGGCCUCUGCCGCAGACAUGGAGAAAAUCAGGGUGCGCAAUUCCUGGGUACCCGCUUGUCUGUGGCAGCCUCGAAUUCUCCAGGGCAGGCUGGCCAAGUCCUCCCCCGCUCUCUGGGACAGCACUCUACAGGAACAGAAGGGAGAAUUGCGGAAGCGUCUCUCCUACACCACCCACAAGCUGGAGAAACUUGAAACUGAAUUUGAUUCCACCCGGCACUACUUGGAAAUAGAACUGAGGCGGGCUCAGGAGGAGCUGGAGAAAGUCACUGAGAAACUGAGAAGAAUACAAAACAACUACUUAGCCUUACAGAGGAUUAACCAGGAGCUGGAAGACAAGUUAUACCGAAUGGGUCAACACUACGAAGAGGAGAAAAGGGCCCUGAGCCAUGAGAUUGUAGCCCUCAACAACCAUCUCCUAGAAGCCAAGGUGACAAUAGAUAAGUUGUCAGAGGACAAUGAGCUCUAUAGGAAGGACUGCAAUCUAGCGGCUCAGCUGCUUCAGUGCAGCAAGACCUACGACAGGGCCCACACGGUGUCGGAGCUGCCAUCUGACUUUCAGGAGCGAGUCAGCCUCCACAUGGAAAAACAUGGCUGCGGCCUGCCGGCCCCCCUCUGCCACCCAUCCUUUGCUGACACCAUCCCCACGUGUGUCAUUUCCCAGGUCCUGGACAAGCCUGACCCCAGCAGCCUGUCCUCCCACCUGUCCAAUGCCUCUGCCAGGGACCUGGCCUUCCGGGAGGCGGCCGAGAAAGCCGGCCCUCGGACCCAGUUCAAGUCAGACAUCUACUGCAGCGACACAGCCCUCUACUGCCCCGAGGAGCGCCGGAGGGACCGCCGGCCCAGCAUGGACAUGCAGGUGAAGGACGUGGGAUUUCUCCGGUCCCAGCACUCCACUGAUAGCACAGCUGAAGAAGAUGGUUUCCAUUCCAGCUUCUCUCACGAGGCCUUCCCUGAGUACGUGGCCUCCCUGCCCACCUCGAGCUCCUAUUCCAGCUUCAGUGUGACCUCGGAGGAAAAGGAACAUGCCCAGGCCAGCACUCUGACAGCUUCUCAACAGGCGAUCUAUCUGAAUAGCCGGGAUGAGAUCUUCAACAGACAGGCGACAGCUGCCUAUGAGCGGCCCUGCAGCCCGUGCUUCGCCACAGUCCAGGCCCCACAGCAUGUGGAGCUAGGCCCAGAGGGUCAGGCCACACCCCCCUUUGUCAGGACGCUGUCCCCAUAUGCUGGGGAUCCCUUCCGCUUCCCUGCCACCCUGGAGGCCCAGCAGGCCCUGGUGGCCCAGAAGCUUCGCAGUGAGAGUCGUAGUACCCACCGCUCCGAUGAGGAGCUGCCAGGGCGGUGGCGGCCUCUGACUGUCGAGGACAUCGGUGCCUACUCCUAUCCCGAGGCUGGCCACAUCACCCCCCACAGCUUCCCUGAGCAGUACUUCACUGGCAGCCCUGGCAAGAAGGCGGACAGCCGGGCCAGUCCCAUCUACCCAAGCUAUAAGGCAGACAGUUUCUCAGAGGGAGAUGACCUCUCCCAGAGCCAGCUGGUCGACUCCUGCUUCCUUCCCGAGGACAGCAACAUGAGUCUGAACAUAAGCCCUGGCCGCCCACCAGACCAACUGCCUGCCUAUGCACCCAGUGAGGCUGGUAGCGAGAGGCUCACGGUGCAGAUGUGUGGGGAUGGCAGGGUAAGCCCUGCCCCUGAGGGAAGUCCCAGACUGGGUGGCAGCUAUGCCAACGUGAGCCCUGCAAGCUCAGCUGGAUCCCUGGAGCCAAGUUCCAUGGAAGCAUCCCCAGAAAUCCACCUGUCUUCCAAGGAGCCAGGCCUCCACCCAUCCAUCCAUAGCAAACAACAACAGUUCCAACGGACUCCAAGUACCGGCCUGAGCCGGAAGGACAGUCUGACCAAAGCACAGUUCUACGGGACCCUCCUCAACUGAGCCUCCCUCAGAAUGCAAUAAGGAUUACAUAUGGAACACUUUGGGCCACAAAUACCAGAGUCCAGCAACAAAGAGAGAGAGAGAGAGAGAGAGAGAGAGAGAGAGAGAGAGAGAGAGAGAGAGAGAGAGAGAGAGAGAGAGAGAGAGAGAGAGAACGAGAACAUUAUCUCCUCUUCCCCACCCCACCCAUUUGCCCCUGGGGAUAAAAAGUUUGCAGCACCAAGAGCAUUUUUUUCACACAAACAUCUUUUCCACCUAUGAGAUGAACCCCUUUUAUAAAUCUAAACUAUUUUUAUAAAGAAAAGUGGUAUUUAUUAAUACACAGCCUCCAGCUCUCAGGACAGUGAGCUGUCUUUUCCCUUUGAGUGCAUUUUCAAACAAAAAUCUCCUUUAUUUUUCUGCAUGAGGGCCACUUGUGCCUACCUCUUAGAGGGAAAGGAUGGAGCCACUGUGGUAGAGAAACACACACAUACACACACACACACAUACAUAUACACACACAUACACAUACAUACACACACACACACACACACACACACACACACACACACCACACACACACACACACACACACACACACACACCCCGAGACAGAAAUUUCCACAAACCACAGAACAAAGCAAUCCCAGGAACUGUCCUGAGUAAAACUUGAAAGGAAAGGGAAUUGAAAAGGGGCAGGGCAGGGGGGAGGGGAGAGUCUAUUUUUAAAAGUAUAAAAGAGACAAGCCCCAAGGUCUUUCAUAAUAUUCUAUUUCUGAGUAAAACCUGACUGCACAAAGUAAGGCAGGUGUUUUGUUCUCCCAGCCCAUUGUGUUUCUGCUUUCCUACUCUCAGUUGUCUACUACCUCAAAUAUAAUUGAGGUGUUCUUUGUCACCUAUUUUCCAUAGGCUUGCAUUUAUAUCGUCCUUGAUGCAUGCAGUGUCCCAAUUAGUACUGUAUUUUGCAUUACUUAAUAAAAGAAACUGGUGGACAUAGUU